AUGGCUAAUCCCACAGUUUCGACUUUUUCUCAGGCCGUUGUUGGGGCUAUGAGGAAGUUGUACCCUGAGAAGCUUGCAGACAGUAGUUUCGAUAAUACUGGACUCCUCCUCGAAGCUCCAUAUCGACCAGGCCAUCUGAAGAACUCAGCUCUCCUCACCGUGGAUCUCACCCGAGCAGUUGCAGAUGAAGCUAUUGCAAGGAAAGAUUCCAUAAUCAUAGCAUACCACCCCAUAAUCUUCCGCCCUCUGAAAGCACUUACGCAAAGCAACACCCAACAAAGUACCCUGUUACGGCUUGCCCAAGAGGGUAUCAGUGUCUACAGCCCCCAUACAGCUCUAGACGCCGCCGAGAACGGUCUCAACGACUUUCUCGUGGCAUGUAUCACAGCUGAAACGCCCAUGGUGAAUGGAGACCCAACUGGUUUCGAACAGCAUCACUCUUCCGUGUUGACUCCAAUCAAGGAUCCUCCACAAGGCUUCGAAACGGCUGGAUACGGCCGCAUAGUGCGCUUCCACAAGCCCCAGACUCUUGGAGACAUCAUAGCAAGAAUUACAUCUAACCUCAAGCUUCCAGGCAUCUCAGUCGCAGCACCUCAAACUACUCCAGCCGGGGAGAGGGACCAGAUCAAAAUCUCUUCUGUCGGCAUUUGCGCAGGUUCCGGUUCCAUGCUCAAUGGCCUUGAUGUAGACUUGCUGUUUACAGGGGAGUUGAGCCACCACGAGGCUUUGGCCGCUAUUGAAAAGGGCAAGUGUGUUAUCACCACUUUCCAUAGCAAUUCGGAAAGACGAUUUCUGGAGGCUCGGCUGCUCGGUCAGCUGGAUGCUGCGACGAAGAAAGAAGUCGAGGAGCUGGGCAAGAAGGGGCAAUGGGAGGAGAGUUUGACAAAGGAUUUCACUAUAGCAGCUAGUAAGGCUGAUAGAGACCCUUUCGUGAUCGUGAUGCGCGAGUAA